GUAUUGCUUGCGCAAACUGGAAAAUAUAAGGUAUCAGGAAGUAGACAAAUUAGUGUUUUGUAAAACCUAAAUACGCAGUUUUGUACGACAAACUUUGAUAAAUAAAGAAUGGGAGACGAAAGUUUUCCAUUGUUUGUGGUACUUCCUAUUGUGCUCAUAAUAAAAAUAGGUUUCUGGGUAGCUGUUUGUUAUAGAUGUUCAAACAGGCCUGCACGAACCACAGUUAUUCAACGCACAGUGAUUCAAGGGCCUGUUGAAAAUGGUAUAACUGGUAUAGAAAAUCCUGGAUAUUUACAGCAGCCUCCAGCUUAUACCGAUGCAACUGGAUCAAACCCAAGACAAGCAUCGGUACCUCCAUCAUACGAGCAAAUGACCAAAGGACUGUACUUUGCAGAAGAUUAUGGUCAGGGUGCAUCGCGUUAUUAGUGUAUUUAAGUUUGAUGAAUACGAAUGUUAUUGCUUGUGAAUACUUACCAUUAACCUUUAUUUGAAUGAUUUUGCUUUAAGCUUUUAUUUAUGACAAUAAAGGACAAAUAAUA